AUGACCAACACCUCCACGCCGCCCCUGCCACGCCCCGCCCACCCAGGCCGCGCCUCCAUGCCCAGACCAACACCGCCGCGCCGCCACGCCCGUCUGCUCGCCCAAUCACCGCCGCGCCGCCGGUCUCGCCGGCCUCGCACGGCUCCGGCCACAUUGCGCCGCCUCGUCCUGGCCCCGCGCCGCGCGCAUUCCGUCGUGCCGCCCGACCCCGACCCCACGCCGCCCCGGCGCUGCGCGCCUCGCCCGGCCCCGUGCUUGCGCCCGCACUUGCGCGCCUCGCCUUGCCACUGGCCUGCGCGCCAGGCACGCCCGCUCUGCGCCGCUCCGCUCCGCUCCUUCCCUCGCCGCCCCGCCGCCCCAGCCGAGCCGAUCCUCUCGCCCUCGUCACCGGACGCCUCCGUGGUUUAUACACCAUGCAACCUAUUAAACGCGUCCCAAGUUUAUUAA